CUUCGCCAUAGUAGGAUUAAUGCAUUCGUGGGCGGGCUGUACUAGAAUAGUCUGCAGAACAGUAUUUUAGAUUGUGGACUAAUUAAUCAACACAGACUCGUUAUAUUAGAAAAAAUGGAGGACAUAAAGCCCGAGGAGACGAACGUGGACGAGCAGAAGGAUGAGGAGAAUAAGGUCUGUCCAGAGAAAAUGGAGGAAGCCAAACUGAAGGCCAAAUACCCUCACCUGGGUAAUAAACCCGGAGGAUCCGAUCUGCUCAGAAAAAGACUGCAGAAGGGGCCAAAGUACUUCGACUCGGGCGACUACAACAUGGCGAAGGCCAAGAUCAAGAACAAGCAGCUUCCAGCAGCGCAGACAGAGAAGACCGAAAUCACCGGAGACCACAUCCCCACUCCUCAGGACCUGCCGCAGAGGAAACCCUCUCUGGUGGCCAGCAAACUGGCCGGCUGAUACCUGCUGCCGUUCUUCACUCCACGCUCCCACUUCCUGUCUCUCCUCCAUUUAUCUCUGAUCCUGCAUUCCUGCCCUCAUCCUCUUAUCGUUUCCUGUCCUCUGAAAAUACACUGAAUAUUCAAGGGUUGCAGAUGUUACAGAGCUGUACUGCCGCACUGUGAGAUGGGUUCGGGUUCGGGUCGUGGCUCCAAAGGGGGGGGUGAAGUUCUCAAAGGUCUUCUGAUAUUUUUAAUGUGUCGUAGUAUGUAGUUGAAAGUGUACAUAUUUGCUAGCGAGUGAGGGCAAACAGCGUUUUAGGAGAUGUUUUUGCAUUUUUAUUGUAACCAUUCCUGAAUUACCCACUGCUUAGAGGACGAGGUCACCCAAAGAUGAAAAUUCUGUCAUUUACUCAUUGCGUAUGACUUUAUUUCCUCCGGUGAACGCAAAAAGAGAAGUUCAGUGGAAUGUCAACUGAUGUUUCGAAAAUAAAUAAAGAAAAGUCUAUAAAGGGAAAGGGAAGUAGAGCUAAAACAACUGCAUUGUAAUUAGUCUGCACAGCUUCUAUCUAUGUUUAGAACAACCGUUGAGGUCCACGAGAUGCAGACCUUUUUGUGGUGUAUUAUAAUAGUUGUACUUUGGUGCGAAGAUGUUGUACAAUGCCAAGAUAACAGACUUUCUUAUCCGAGCUGAAUAGCCCUCAUCGGUGUCAAAAUGAUUUAGACGGCCAAUGAAAUCAGAGUACGCAUCGCCGAAACUGUUUCCGGUUUACACACUCAAAGCUGAAUGUGAAUUAAAAGCAUUAUUCAGUUUGCGUCACUAGUUCCAACGCUUGAUGUUUGACAGCCGUGUGUCUGGUGUCUUCUGAAGCCAUAUUGUAACUUUGUGUUUUUGUGUCGUUAGCGCUUGCAUUCAAUUCAAAUCAUUUAAAUGACACAUUAAAUUCAAUCGCGCAGCCAGUCGUAUUUUGACGCCGGUGCAGAUGCAUUAAAUGUAAGUUUUAAAAUUAAAUGAUGAUUUUUAGCAAAUUACAACUUGGCUUCAGAAGACUGAGAUCCAAAGAAAGUCAAGUGCGGCUGGAAUGACGCGAGUGAAGAGUAAAUUGUCCCAGAAUUUUCUUUUCGGGGUGAGCUUUUCCAUUAAUCAUGGAGUUAAGUGCUUGAAUCGAUAAUGAAUUGAAAGUAAUCUAUAAUAAUGUGGUUGAUCUGCACCCGGUUUCUUUUUGUCAUGUUUCGGCUGUAAGUGGAGGACACUUGGUUAGUCGUGUCUGAUAGCAUGAAAUGCAGAUCUCUGAGGCUGCUGUCAUCUUGCCUUGUACCAUAGAGCUUAAAGCCUUAUAAAGAUGUAGUGCCAAUGCACAGAUUGGCAAGCAGUUCUAUAAUAUCACACGUUUCUUUCAUACGUCGUGCAUCUGGUUGUAGACUCCAGGCAAGUGAGGACGCUUCUCCACCUUCUGGUGUGUAAUAAACUCCAUGAGAUCUCCUGUACAUUGUCUUCUAUGCAGAGGAGAGAGACGGUUGCCUGUCGGCUCCUCACACCACAUCGUCGCACUACAGUAAACUGUCCACGGUUUGCAUGAGCAUAAGCUGUGGCCGCUUUUGAGCCAUUUUGACUUGUAAAUAAAAUAGUUUUGCAAACCUUC